GGAUAACAUACUGUAAUGAACACAAGCUCAGCUCUCUUCACCACAGUCCUCAGGAGGCUAGCUAGAUCAUCAGAGGGAGUAAAGACAAGAGACCGACUGACACGCUUUCAGAAGUUGAGUUACAUGGCGAAACUUGGAGCUACUGGACCACAGCUGGCAGUACUGCUGGUCGUGUUGCUGGUGGCUGGCGCUGAGCCUGCCGAAACACCGGCGAAUCCAGAUUAUUAUGACGACGAUGAUGAGUUUGUUCCUGCUUCCGAAAAAGAAAACUUCGACGUUUUCGACUGGCAACUCUGCAAGCACCUAUCGGCCCAGGAGCCGGGCAACGUGGUCGUGUCCCCGGUCAGCAUCAAGCUUGUGCUCGCCAUGCUGUACGAGGGGGCCGCGGGCAACACGGCGCGAGAAAUGGAGCACGCCCUACACCUCCCCGCGCGGCUGCAGACCCGCAAGAAGUUCACCACUAUUCUCGACUCGCUGAUGAUGAAGAAGGCAGAAUACUUGCUCGAUGUGGGCACCAGAAUGUUCGUGAGUAGAGAUGUGAACCUGAGGCCUCGGUUCUCAAAGAUUCUCCAAUCCUUCUACAACGCGAGCAUCCAGAAGAUGGAUUUCGGCCAACCUGCAGAGGCGGCUCAGACAGUAAACUCAUGGGUCAGCGAGGCCACCAACGGCAGAAUCAAGUCCAUGUUCUCUGAAGACUCGGUGAGCCCGUCGACCGUGAUGCUGCUGGUGAAUGCCAUCUACUUCAAAGGGCUCUGGCGUUACCCGUUCAACGAGAGCGAGACAAAACAAGACGUUUUCCAGGUCACGCCCACGCACAGCGCUAAGGUGCCAUUCAUGACCAUGGAACGCGAUCUCUACUUGUCGGAGUCCGUGGAGCUGGACUCUGCAAUACUGAGACUGCCCUACAUGGGCAAGAAGUACUCCAUGUUCAUCGUGCUGCCAAACAAGCCGGACGGGCUCAACAAACUUCUGGACACUGUAAGCCCAGCCCUGUUACGGAACCAACUGUUCCAUAUGGACAAGGUUCUGGUCAACGUCAAAUUGCCCAAGUUCAGUUUCGACUUCACAGCAAAGCUCGAGGACACUCUGCAGGCGCUUGGAAUCCGCGACAUAUUCAACGCUGCUGGAGCUCAUCUCCCUGGGAUUGCACGAGACAAAACUUUCUACGUUUCCAAAAUCAUCCAAAAGGCAGGUCUCGAAGUCAACGAGAGAGGCACCACGGCAUUCGCGAGCACAGGGAUGGAGUUGAAAAACAAAUUUGGGGGUGAUGUUUAUUUCCACGCGAAACACCCCUUCAUGUUCUUCAUCCAGGACGAAACAACAGGCACCGUGAUCUUCGUGGGGAAGCUGAAUAAUCCAAGUACUGAGCUCAUACCCCUCAGCAAACCCGACGACGCAAGUGUUGCACACAUCGAGCCUCAACCUGGGGUGCCACAAAGUCGAUUCGGCGCCGAAGACAGCCAUCAGCACGUUCCUGACAAGGCGCCACUCCCCACGUCCCGUUCACCCAAGGGAACACUGACUCUCGUAUCGGCCAACAACGUCAUGGACAGCGCCGUGCCCGCCCAUAAGCUAGACACAACACAUAAAGUGUGGACGUACAUCUACAGACAACUGCUGAAACAGUACAAAAAUAAUCAGUGGCCAAGAAAUUUGUAUUCCGUCCCCUGUGCAGCAUUUGUGAGCAUAAUGAUACAGCAAUCUUCAAGUCAGAUCGCUAGUGUGAGAGCAAAGCAAGACGCAGAGAGCAGAGAUCGAUUCAACUUCUUUGACCUAGAACUUCUUAAGUCACUAGCCACUUCUCAACAUGGAAACCUGCUGUUUUCACCAGCCAGUGUGAAAGCCGCACUGGGCAUGAUUCUAGAAGGUGCCAGGGGAAAAUCAGCCAAGCAGCUUCAAGAAGCUCUCAGACUUCCAGAUGAUGAAACGGUUAUGCGGGACCAGUUCACAAAUUUACUCAACUCUCUACAGGUAAAUAAUCCAUCUAACAUAGUGGAGGCAGCAAAUCAAAUAUUCCUGUCCCACACAAUCACUCCACAGCUGCAAUAUGAGAGUGUGCUCAAGAAACACUACAUGGCUCAGAUUGAAAAGGUGGACUUUUCCUCACCCGUUUCUGCAGCACAGUUCAUUAACAGAUGGGUCAACAUGCUCACUCAUGGACACAUACCAUCUCUUGUAGACUCAGAUAACCUCUCAAGAAACACUAAGCUAAUGAUUGCCAAUGCCAUGUAUUUCAAAGGGAAAUGGCGGAAUGCAUUCGACUUUGACAAGACAUCAGUGAAAUGCUUCUACGUAGAAGUGAAUCAAUGCCUUGACACAUACUUUAUGGAGAUUGUUAAUGUCUACAAUUAUGCCUAUAUUAGCAACCUUCAUGCUCAUGCAGUUGAACUGCCUUAUGAGGGUAACCAGUUUUCACUGCUGCUUUUGCUACCAACGAAACGCAACGAAAUCCACCAAAUGAUCCGUGACCUGACUCACGUCUCACUUCACAACAUAGUGUCUUCUCUAGAACUCACUGAUAUCCUGGUAUCUGUACCACGUUUUAGUAUCGACUACAGCACCGACCUGACUCAGAAGCUAAAUGAGCUGGAGAUACAGGAGGUGUUUUCUACAAAUGCUAACCUUACUGGAAUGGUUCAAUGGGGAAAUCAAAAUCUUCAUAUAUCAAACAUCUUUCACAAAACUAAAAUUGAAAUCAAUGAAGAAGGGACUGUAGCUGCAGCAGCCACAGGUACUUUGGUUGUACCCUUAAUGGGUACAAGUCUCCCAAAACUCAUCUUCAACCAUCCAUUUCUAUUCUUCCUACGAAACACUGAAACAGGAGACAUCCUGUUUGCUGGCCGUUUGUCAGAACCAGAGGCAGCAAAACAACCAGUUUCAGGAUCACUGACUGAUUCUCAACUGUCUGAACUGACUCAAGGUAUCUUCACAUCAAGACCAGCUGCAAGACCAGGAGUGCCUGUGGUUCCAAGCAACACAUACAACCCUGCAUCUUCCAGUAGCAACGCCCACAGACCAGGGCUACUUCCGAGCGCUACACUGAAUAGUAACUCAAACAUUCCUGUCCCUCAAACCCAACCUACCAUCACAAAUUAUUACUCCUCACCAAGGAAUCUGAACACUGGAAAUCUUCCUUCUUCAGCAUCUUAUCAAUCUUACCCACAACCACUCCAAAUACGUUCAGUAGGUAACAACCCAUUGCAACCAAACACUGCACAAUAUCAACCAAACAGCAACACCGAAACAUUUGACACUUCUAAUCCUGAGAUGGUUGAAAUACAGUAUGGCCAAGUUCCAAUGCAAUUUUCGUCAACAUCUGGAAAUCAUGCAUCUGCCACAGUUAGUGCACAAUAUCCAUCAGCUGUGAAUGAAAGCUCACAGGGAGAUGUUUUAACAGAUGCAAAUCAGAGCUACAAUGACAGAAUUCACUUCUCACCAUAAGUUAAUUCUAAGCACUGCACUACAUAUUCGUGAGCAUUAAUUCCAUUCUCAUUUCAGAAUCGCAUCUCAUCUCAAUAUACUUCAUUAUGUGAUACAGAAAUGGCUGGAUCAUUAAUGGAUCCAAAGUAAUUUGCAAAGCAGAUGUGGCAAAUGUUCAGUUCUGAAUUGCUUAUAUCGUUUUAGUACAUAACUUAAGGACAUGUGUGGUAGGUAAGAAUCAAUGUUUGACUCUUUGACUAGAGAAAAGAUGGUCCAACCAGGUUUUGAUCUUGGAACAAGUUCAGAUAGCCUUACUCUGUGUAAAGUAGGAAAGAUGAGAAGUUUGAAUCUACACCUAGCGAACUGUCUAAUUAAUUCUGUCACGUGGAGUCCUUACAGAGCCCAGAGAUGCUAAGUUACUCAUGAAAUUCCCCACCUUUUAUGGAACCCACCGAACAGGUUGCUGUACAAAUAAUGCUCUAUGCUUGUAUUUGGGAGGCACUCAGUUCUGGUCUUACCCAGGAUACUGGCUAUCCUGACUGACAUUUUUAUGGUUUUCCUCAGCCCCUCUAGGAAAAUGGGCACACAGUAGAGUAGUUGG